CGCUGUUUUAGUGAGUUGACUCGAAAUGCUACGUUUGUUUAUCCAAUUUCUUUGUACUUUUUGAUCUGAACAAUUCCAUUAUUAAAAUCGCAGCAUAGCGAGUUUAUAUCAUAGGUGUUCGAAUAUUACAUUUUAAAGUAUUUCGAGUCUUUUCCCUGUAGACUUUGGAUUUGGAAUGAAUAAAAGCUCGUACUGUGAUGUGACGUAGGUAGCUAUUUCCGAAUUGACAUUUGAUCAAAGCCGAAUUCAACCGAAAACGAGAAUAACCCAAGCCAAGCUCGGUAGGUCAAACAAAAAACGAGGGAACCGACGAAAACCAAAAUUUUCUGAUCGGCAUGCAUUCUAAAAACCAAUGGUGAAAUUAUUACUAAGUGAAUGAGGGUAUAUCCACAACCCAAAUGGAUUUGAAGAACGUGAAAUGCUUAGCUUGUCUAUCCCCGGUUGCUGGUAAGGUGUACCAUUCCCUUAGCAGCUCCUUUCCAGGAUUUUUCGGUACAGAAACGACAGUGCUUGGCAUUUUGCAAAUUGUGUCGAACAAAAUAAUAAAAAUCGAAGACCAUGACUGGCCAACUAAAAUUUGCACUGCUUGUUUAAAAGGAUUAAAAGAUGCAUAUAAGUUUGUCCACCAAUUGAACACCUCUUUUGGACAUUUGAAGAGUAGCAGUAAAUCAAAAGCGAGGUUAGACAAGUUAGAAAGAGUUUCUUUAGGCUUUGAGCAUGAACCACAAAUUGAAAUUGAAGAAUAUGAUGCAACUAAAACUGAAGAGAAAGAUCCCCUUUCUACUAAAAGUUAUGAUAGGAAAUCCAAACCAGCUUUUCCAAACCGAAUUAUCCGUGAUCCCAGCAAAUAUGCAUUAAAAAUUGAGCCUCAGACUAGUGAUCUAUUAAUUCCACUAUAUUGUGAACCAGUAAGUCCACCUGAAAUUAAAAAAAAUCCAUUGAGGCAAAGCUCAAGGCAAAGAAAACCUACUAGAAAAGCUAAAACAACCACUUUGAAAAGAACGGCCAAUAAACGUAAAGCUAAUGUCCUUGUUAAAGGAAACAAGGAACAAAAAGCCAAAAAAACUAAGCUGAAUGUACCAGUUGAAGGUACGGAACCAAUUGCAUCAGAACAUAAUUACACUAGGUUCCCAAAUUGCCCACCAGAGGCUUUUGAAUUGGAAGAUGAUGAAGACGUAUCAGUACCAAAUACUCCAGAAAAAUACAAAGACAUUACCAGACCAGACAUACCAGAAAUUGAACAAGUAACUAUCAAGUCAGAAUUUUCCGAUGAAUUUCCAUCAGACAUCUUUGCUGAGAAAAACUCAAUUAGUAAAAUACUAGCAAACACUGAUGAAUCUGUGUCAUCAGAUCAGAAUGAACCCACAGUAUCAACAUCAAUGAAAUCUGGGUCAUCAAAGCAGAAGAAACGUACAGUAUCAAUGAGAUCAUCACUACUUGAAUCUGUAUCAUCAAAGCCAAGUAAACCCAUAAUAUUACAACCAGUUGAAUCUGUCACAUCUAAGCAGAAUGAACCCACAGUAUCAACUUCAAUUAAAUCUGGGUCAUCAAAGCAGAAGAAACGUACAGUAUCAAUGAGAUCAACACUAGUGUCAUCAAAGCCAAGUGAACCCAUAAUAUCACCACCAGUUGAAUCUAUGCCAUCAAUGCAGAGUAGACUCAUUGUAUCUUUAGUAAGAUAUGUGCCACCAGAGCAGCAUGAACCCACAGUAUCAACAUCAAUUAAAUCUGGGUCAUCAAAACGGAAUAAACCCACAAUAUCACCGCCAGUUGAAUCAGUGUCAUCAAAGCAGAAUGAACCCACAGUAUCAACAUCAAUUAAAUCUAGGUCAUCAAAGAAGAAUAAACGUACAGUAUCAAUGAUAUCAUCACUAGUUGAACCUGUAUCAUUAAAGCCAAGUGAACCCAUAAUAUCACCACCAGUUGAAUCUGUCUCAUCUAAGCAGAAUGAACCCACAGUAUCAACAUCAAUCAAAUCUGGGUCAUCAAAGAAGAAUAAACGUACCGUAUCAAUGAUAUCAUCACUAGUUGAACCUGUAUCAUCAAAGCCAAAUGAACCCAUAAUAUCACUACCAGUUGAAUCUGUGUCAUCUAAGCAGAAUGAACCCAAAGUAUCACUACCAAUCACAUCUGUCUCAUCAAAGCAGAAUAAACGUACAGUAUCAACGAUAUCAUCACUAGUUGAACCUGUGUCAUCAAAGCCAAAUGAACCCAUAAUAUCACCACCAGUUGAAUCUGUGCCAUCAAAGCAGAAUAAAUCUUUAGUGAAAUCUGUGUCAUCAAAACAGAGUAAACCUACAGUUUCAACACCAAUUAGAUCUGUGUCAUCAAAGCAGCAUAAACCCACAGUAUCAUCAAUCAAAUCUGUGUCAUUAAUGCAGAAUGAACCCAUAAUAUCACCAAUAGCUAAAUCUGUGUCAGCAAAGCAAAAUAAACCAGUAUCAUCACCAGUUAAAGUUUUGUCAUCAAAGCAGAUUGAAUCCAUAGUAUCCUCAGUAGUUAAAUCUGUGUCAUCAAAGCAGAAUAACUCUCCAGUUUCGUCACCAAUUAAAUCUGUGUCAUCAAAGCAGAAUAAACCUCGAUUAUCAAUACUAUCUUCACCUAUGUUAUUAAGUCAAAAUGAACCCAUAGUAUCCUCACCAGAUAAAUCAGUGACAUCAAAGCAAAAUGAAUCCACAGUUUCAGCACCAUUUAAAUCUGUAUCAUCAGAGCAGAAUAAACUUACAGAACCAGUUAAAUUAUUGUCAUUAAAGCAGAAUGAAUCCACAGUAUCACCAUCUGUGUCAUCAGAGCAGAAUCAAUCUCUAGAUUCCUCCCGAAAACCUGCUGGUAUUAUAAUGAUGUCUAUAGAUGAUGUUCUUAAAACUAAAAGGAGAAAGAAAAAACAAGGGACCACUCCAGCCGAGACACCAGACAAGACUCCAGCCGAAAAAAAAGUAAACCAAUAUCGAUCAAAAAAAGUGAUAGAUCCAGCUGAUGCUCAUAAAUGUGAUUUUUGUCCCAAAGAGUUUGCCACUACUAAAGGAGUCACAUUACACCUUAAAUAUGCUCACUAUGAGGAAUAUUUGGCGACCAAAUUGAAGUGUUUAGAAUGCGAUCAGAUAUUUCAAACAAAAUCUGCAUUGACUUAUCAUAAAAAUAAGUUCCAUCCAGUUGACCCUGAAUCCAAAAAAUGUGAGCUGUGCGACAAAACUUUUUCUACUCACUAUGGUCUGAACGAGCACCGAAACUACGUUCAUAGUGGCGUAGCUGAUAAAUUUAUGUGCAAUGAAUGUGGGAAAUUCUUCAAAUAUGUCGGCUCAUUACAGUACCAUCUAGCUUCUGUUCAUAAACAAGGCGAAAGAAACCAUUUGUGUAAAUAUUGUGGCUACAAAGCCAUUACAACAGCAAUGCUAAAUAAUCAUGAACUCAUUCAUAGUGAAGAUAGGCCUUAUCAAUGUAAACUAUGCCCGAAUACUUAUAAGAGAUCAAAUGAAUUAUUAUAUCACAACAUGAAAAUACAUGAACGGAAAUCCUUACAUAGUUGUAAGUUUUGCGGCAAGGGAUUCAUAAAAGCCUACAAUAUGAAAAUACAUUGGAUGCAACACGAAGGCAGUCACAAAUGCGCCAUAUGUCCAAAGGCAUUCAAGGAUGAGGAUAUUCUUAAUUUCCAUUACAAAUAUAGUCAUCGGGAUGUAGAUAUUGAAAUGGAAUUGGCAAACAGAGAUGCUUCGACUCUAAACCUUGGAUCUGAAAAUAAUCAAGAAGAAGAAGUCUAUGAAUGUGAAGAAUGGGUGGUUGAUCCAAAUGAUUAUGAUGAAGAUGAGAAUUUAAUGGAUGAAGAUGAGAAUUUGAUAGAUGAAGAUGAAAAUUUAAUGGAUGACGAUGAGAAUUUGAUGGAUGAGGAUGAGAAGUUAAUGGAUGAAGAUGAGAAUUCAAUGGCCGAAGAUGAGAAUUUAAUGGAUGAAGAAACUCUUUUUGAUACUGAAUUAUUUCAAUAG